GAAAGAUUUAUAACAAGUAUAAGUAUAAUAUAUUAUAAAAAUCAAAAAUCUUGUGAUGAUGUCGAUCAACGUUGUUAAAUUUACUAAAUUGAGAACAUCUACGAAUUCUACAUUUUGGGCUAAAUUUUCGGAAUUGAAGAUAGAUAAACUUCGAUUGGAUGAAAAAUCACAUAUUAAAUUAUGGGGAAGUUAUUCUCUCGAUGUUCCAGAUAGAGAAAAUAAUAAUCCUUUAUUAUUGGACUAUACUUCGUUUAAUGAGAAUAUUGAAUCAAAUUCAAUUAAUAAAUCAGUAAUAUCUUACGGUUAUAUGGUUAAUACAAAUACGUAUGAAGCAUUUAGAAAGAUUGAUCCGCAGAGUUUUAUAGAUUCUAUGGGAAAAUGUAUUAUCGAUGACAUUACGUCUGGUGAAGCAUUAACCGAGCCAUGGAAACUUUCCAUAUUUUUAUUAUUUUCUUAUGCCGAUUUGAAAUCUUAUAAGUUUCAUUAUUGGAUAGCACAUCCUACGCCUUUGUCUUUGCCAGAAAUGUAUCAUGAAAAAAUUCCGAAAUCAAUAAACGACAUUUUUUCGGAAAACCAAUUAGAUAAAUUAUAUGAAAGUUUUCAACAAUUGGAUUACAAACAAAAGCCAUUUUUUUCUGUUUUUCUAUUCAACAAAAAGAAUAUCGAAGUUAAUACUUUAAGCAAAGGUAUCACAUAUAUUAACGCGUGUGAAAAUAAAGUUGGGAUAGAUUGUGAAAUAUUUUUUGCGUUCUACGAUCCAUGCAAAAGUUUAGAACCUGGUUGGCAAUUAAGGAAUCUUUUAUGUCUAUUAUUUUGGCAUUGCCCCACACAUUCUUUUACAAAGAGUAUACAAAUAUUAUCUCUGCGUAAAAAUGAUUUUAGAACGGCUGUUGUAUAUACUUUGAAAUGUAAAGAGUACGCGGAUCAAGAAAAGGUGAAAAAAUCUAUAUCCGGCAGUCAUUUAGUUGGAUGGGAACAGAAUGAAAAUGGUAAAAUGGGUCCUCGAAUUAUUGAUUUAUCUGAGAGUUUAAAUCCGAUUAAGCUAGCAGAAAAUGCAAUUAAUUUAAAUUUAAAAUUAAUGAAAUGGCGGCUUGUUCCUGAUUUGGAUUUAGAGAAGAUCAGUAAUCUCAAAUGUUUAUUAUUGGGUGCUGGAACAUUAGGAUGUGCAGUAGCCAGAGUACUCAUUGGUUGGGGUAUUACCAACAUUACAUUUGUGGAUAAAUCAACAGUUUCUCAUAGUAACACUGUAAGACAAAGUCUUUACACUCACGAAGAUGCUGUGCAAAGAAAAUUUAAAGUAGAUGCUGCUAAAGAUGCUUUGCUUAAGAUUCUCCCAACAAUGAAUGUACACAGUAUUAACUUACAAAUUCCGAUGCCUGGACACGUAGUCGGACAAAGUAUGUUGAACGCAACUAAAGAAGCUGUUGAAAAGUUAGAAAAUGCCAUUGCUGGAAACGAUGUAGUAUUUUUACUAUUAGAUUCACGCGAAGCUAGAUGGUUACCAACUUUACUAUGCGCAGUAAUGAAAAAAAUAACUAUUAACGCAGCUUUGGGUUUUGAUACUUAUAUGGUACAACGACAUGGAAUAAGAAAUUUGACGGAUAGUCCUGUAUCUGAUAUUACCACACUAAAUCCUGAUGGAAAGGAUCUUGGGUGUUAUUUUUGCAAUGACGUAACCCAACCGGGAAAUUCUCAAACAGAUAGAACUCUUGACCUACAGUGUACAGUAAGUCGUCCAGGAUUGUCUCAAAUUGCUGCAGGCUUAGCAGUAGAAUUAAUGGUCGCAAUAACUCAACAUCCACAAGGUUUAGAAGCUAGGGCACUGGUAACUGAAAAUAAAAACAACGUCAAUUCAAAUUUCAACGGUAACACAUUAGAAGGAUUACUUGGAGCUAUACCGCAUACAAUAAGAGGAUCUAUUUGGUCAUUUGAAUCCUUUCUGACUGUUACCCAUAGAUUUUCUUCUUGCGCUGCGUGUUCCCUACCAUUGAUGUUGGAAUAUAAAAAACGUGGCUUCCAGUUCAUACUCGAUGCUUGCAAUAUACCGAAUUAUUUGGAAAAAUUGUGCGGUUUGGAAGAACUUUUGAAUGAUUCAGACUUAGAUAAGCUUUGUAAUUUUUUAGAUGAUUCUAGUGAAGACGAAGAACAAUUCAGAUUGAUGUCAAUUUGAAUCAAUUGCUCUCAUAUAUCUUUUACUUUUUAUUCUAAUUUUAUUGUACAUCUUACUAUACAUUUGUAUAUUUUUUCUAAUCAAACAUUUAAGUAGAUGUUAAUAGGGAAUUUAAAUAUUUAUUAAUUUACAUAUGUACUUUAUAUACUUGCGAUAUAUUAUAU